AUGGUUCACUUUAUUUUUCUCGCAAGCCUUGGCUUAGGCAGUUCUGUUCUUGCUGCUCCUAAUUAUGUUGUUCCCGAUGCUCAGCCGAAAAAUGCCGUUGCAAUUGAUCCAGCACCCGUGGGAGCCUCAUUCGAAUUCUUCAUGUGGCCUUCUUACAUGACCAAUAUAUCGUUGACCCUUCCUUGCAUCGAUCACUUUAACAAGCUGUACAAUCGGAAAAUGCCUAUUCGCAUUGGAGGAACGACACAAGACAGAGCGACCUACGAUCCAGCUCUCAAAGGUUACGUUUCGUAUAGUGUCGAUGACCCUCUGGAGGCUCCUAUGAGUCUGACCUAUGGGCCGAAGUUCUUUGACCUGAUUAAGAAGUUCGGGAGCGAGACCAUUCUUGGCUUUAAUCGAGGCCUCAACAAUAGGACAAAUACCUUUGCUGCCGUCUUGAAAGCCAAGGAAAAGGUAGCCAAAUACCUCUGGGCAAUCGAACUCGGAAACGAGCCUGACUUGUACUGGAAGUAUUGGCAGUACCCAGUAGCCGAGGCUCCCUGGAACGAGACACAGGAGGGUGAUAAUGCAGCUGACUGGGCACAAGACUUCAUCUACCAUUGGAAGAGCCCUCUUCCCAUCCUGGCUGGAGGCGGAUAUGCCAUCCCGUUUGAGAUCGAACCAAAUUGGCCUAACCUGCCCUACCUCAUCGAAAACAGCUACAACAAAACAGUCAAGGAUGCCACUAAAGUGUACAAUGGCCACUUGUACGCAUUUUCUAAUGCUACCGCCGAUGACUUGGGCCCGGAGAUGAAGCAUCAGAGAGUUGUCCAGGACUUGAACCUGCUGCCCAUUUCGAGCGCCAAGGCUGCCGGAAGACCAUAUAUCCUAGGUGAGAGCAAAAAAUACUCAGGCGAGACGGGAUUCCAUGGGCUCGACUAUGAGAUGGAUUCGACUUUCGGAUCGGCCAUUCAGACAACUGACAAGACCCUUCGGGCAUUGACCCUCGGUAUUCAGCGACUAUUCUAUCACCAAGGCACAAUCAACCAAGCCUUCUUCAACUGGUGGUGGAGUGAUCACGUUAAUGCCCCGUUCUACGGUGCCUACUUCGGUGCUCUCGCUGUAGCUGGAGGCGACUCCAUUGUUGCCAGCGACGAUGGCACAGACCCUUAUGCUCAAUACAUCGUUUACAAAAACGGAAAAGCAUUCAAGGUCGUCCUGAUCAACACAGAUUACUACUCUGGUAGUGGCACGCGCUCUGGAACCAAGUUCACUCUCACUGGACUGAAAGGCAAUUCUGUCAAGGCUCUCCGCAUGACCGGCCCGAGCAGCGAAACAACUGUGCCUGUGACACAGACCAAGUCGUCGCCACAGCCUAGCAUCGGAGGUCAAUCGUUCUCAAACAAGAAUUGCGAACUCGGCGGCAAGCAGAACACUGAAAAGCUUUCGGUUAAGAAGGGAAAGUUGGAAGUAACUCUCAAGGCUUCUGAGGCCAUGAUAGUAUAUCUCUGA